AUGGAAACCUUGUACAAUCAACCAGUUGUGGUGGACAAUGGGUCUGGAAACCUCAAGGCUGGAUUCGCUGGAGAUGAUAAGCCACGAACAUAUGCAUCGGCAGUGGUAGGAAGACCCAAAUACCAAAAGCUUAUGGCUGGCUCCUUGUUACCUUCUUCCACCGGUGUGGACUCUUCAGAUGACACUUUUAUUGGUGAAUCUGCUCAAAAGAACAGAGGCUUGCUAAGGCUCACUUAUCCAAUGGAACAUGGGAUUGUUACAAAUUGGUCUGAUAUGGAAAAACUUUGGUACCAUAUGUUUACCCAAGAGCUCAAAAUUCAACCCGAGGAGCACCCUUUACUUCUCACCGAAGCACCCUUAAACCCUAGAUCCAAUAGAGACGCAAUGUGUCAAGUGAUGUUUGAACAAUUCAAUGUCCCCUGUGUCUAUAUAUCAAUUCAGGCAGUAUUGGCGUUGUAUGCAUCGGGGAGAACAACAGGGGUGGUUGUGGACAGUGGCGAUGGUGUUAGUCAUGUUGUACCUGUUUACGAAGGUUUUGCCUUACCUAGCUCAAUAAAACGAAUGGAUAUUGCUGGAAGAGACAUAACUGCGAAUAUGUCGUUCAACAUUAGGCGAAUGUCUGGAGUUGCCUUGCAAAGUAGUUCCGAAAUGGAAAUUGUACGAAUUAUCAAGGAGCAAUGUUGCUUCAUAUCGAAGGAACCACAGAAGGAUGAAAAAUUAUACGGUGCUUUAUAUGCCAGGAGAACGAAAUCAAAGAAUGAGUUGUUUACAACGUAUACUUUACCAGAUGGACAUGAGCUACAUCUUGGAGCUGAGAAAUUUCGAGCGCCGGAGAUCUUAUUCAAUCCUCAGAUAGUUGGAGAUGAGAGUCCUGGGUUGCAUGAACUUAUCUCAUUAGCGGUGAACAAGACCGAUUUAGAUCUAAGGCCCCAAUUGUAUCAAAAUCUUUUGUUAUCCGGGGGCAAUACAUUGUUGAAGAACUUCGGUGACAGACUAUUGAAAGAGUUGAAAAGUAUGCAGGAUCAAUCCGAAGCUGCUUCUAUAUGGAACAAGUCCAGACCUGAUGAGCUGUAUAGCACCAAAAUGAAGGUCAAGAUUUAUGCUCCUCCUGAACGAAAAUAUUCAACAUGGAUUGGUGGUUCCAUAUUAGCAGGUCUAUCUACAUUCAAGAAAAUGUGGGUGACUUUGGAAGAAUAUCGUGAUAAUCCAGAUAUCGUACAUAGGAAAUGUUUAUAG